GCGUUUCUUGUGUCAAAAAAUGUUCUUCGUUUGUCUUAGCUUCAUCGAUCGAAUCAAUCGACAAGGGCAAGCAUGCACCGCAACCACUCUCCUCUGAAACCCCAAUUUCCAUGAUUUGUGCUUAGCAGGAUAUAACUUGCUUGACAAGAAUGGAGAGGAUGAAAAGAAUCAAUGUCAAUGGCUCUGCACUUAACUGCGAUGAUAUCCUGCAUGAGAUCCUACUUCGAAUACCACCAUCAACCAUCACCAAAUUAAUUGUUGUAUCAAAAAUAUGGCUGCGAGUAAUAUGCAGUUCUUCUUUUCGUCAAGGCUACACGAAACGAUGGGGGCAAAGUUUCAGACUUGUGGGGUUUUUUGUAUGCAACUUUUUGUAUCUUGGAAGACCUCGAGAUGGGUACCGUCGCCCUCGUUGGGAGCCUGCACUUCCGUUCUUGUCCACUUGUAGAGAGGGUGAUGAUUUGAAACACUCUGGAAUCCUCAAACGUCUCGGGUAUUUCAUUGAUAGUUGCAAAGGCAUUGUUCUUUCUGGUUUCCAUCCAAAGACAUAUUAUGUGUACAACGCUGUCUCCAAGCAAAAGCAUCAACUCCCAGAACCUCAGCAGUUCUAUAAAGUUCUGUGCAUGGCAUUGAUUGUUGAGGAAUCCCUUGAUGGUGACACAUGCUACAAAGUGAUCCGAGCAAGGUGUGAAUGCAAGCUUAAGGAACGCAACAGUGUGUCAAUUGAGACUUAUUCAUCAAACACUGGAAAAUGGAAGCAAUCGACUCUGAUGUGCUCAACAUCUUUUGCAUUGCGCCCGAGAACCGCAGCUAUGGUGGUUGGAGGGGUUGUACACUGGUUUGCAAUGUGGGGGAAACUUGCCAUUUAUGAUCCUCGUCUUGGAGAUAGGUAUAUAGCAUUGAUUAGACUACCAACAGCUGUGUUAACACGUGAGCAUGAGGAAUCUGUUCUUGGGGAGUCAUCAAAUGGGGUUUUGCAGUAUGGUCAGAGCAAUAACCUUGGUGUGGAGAUAUGGAUGCUUGAGAAGGAACCAGAAGAUAAGGAUUCAUCUGUUUACUGCAACUGUACUCGGAUGAAGUACAAGUGGGUGCUGAGAUGGAGAUUAAAUUUUAAGGUAUUGUGGAAGCAGAUGCCAUCUUUGAGCACACAUUCUAAAGAAACCCAGUUACUGUCAUUCCUUCCACGGAAUUCAACGUCUGUGUUCGUAAGAUCAGGGUGGAACAUUUUGCUGUGUGAUUUACAGACCAAAACGGUGGAAAUUGUUAAUUAUCAGGGUCGAGGAGGUUCCAUUUCUUGGGAAUCUAGCAAAAUAGUUCCUUACUUUCUACCAUCUUGGCCACACGCAUCCUGUGCCUCGUGAUGACAUGAAACAAGGGAAUUUUAGGGACUUAUUUACUUCUAUUUUGAUGGAACAGAGAAUUUUAGGGUCUUGCUUUUAACACAUAUGCUCAUAGUAGUAGGACCUUCACUUCUCUUAUAGAUUCGGUGGUGUACAUGCCGGUAGGUUGGUGUUUUGUCAAACAAUGAAAAAUAUUACCUUUUUGCUCAUGUUUUUUAGGUCUUUCCCUAGAAGAAAUGAAUAUAAAUUUGUAGGAAUGUUUCUGGUGCA